ACAAGGACCCCGACUGGAUCGGCGGGUUUUUCCUUUCUUCAGCGUUCGGUCCUUCCUGGUCCUGAGCUCGCCUUUGGGGGCGCCGCGGUACAGCAGCCAGGAGGCGGAGGCCCGGGGCCGUGUGCGGGAAAGUAUGCCUCAGACACCUCCCUUUUCAGCAAUGUUUGACAGCAGUGGUUAUAACCGAAACCUCUACCAGUCUGCAGAGGACAGCUGCGGGGGCUUAUGUUACCAUGACAACAACCUCCUUUCUGGAUCUCUGGAGGCACUUAUCCAACACUUAGUACCCAAUGUGGAUUACUAUCCAGAUAGAACGUAUAUAUUCACCUUCCUGCUCAGCUCCCGGUUAUUCAUGCAUCCGUACGAGCUGAUGGCCAAGGUUUGCCACUUGUGUGUGGAGCACCAGCGACUCAGCGAAGGGGACAGUGAUAAGAACCAGAUGAGAAAAAUUGCACCUAAAAUUCUUCAACUCCUGACAGAGUGGACGGAAACGUUUCCUUAUGACUUCCGGGACGAGAGAAUGAUGAGAAACCUAAAGGACCUGGCACACAGGAUGGCCAGCGGCGAGGAGCAGACGUACCGAAAGAACGUCCAGCAGAUGAUGCAGAGUCUCAUCCGAAAACUGGCCGCCCUCAGCCAGUACGAGGAGGUCCUGGCGAAACUCAGCUCCACAGCCACAGACCGGCUCACGGUCCUGAAGACCAAGCCCCAGUCCAUACAGCGCGACAUCAUGACGGUCUGCAGCGACCCUUACACGUUGGCCCAGCAGCUGACUCACAUCGAGCUGGAGAGACUCAAUUACAUUGGUCCAGAAGAAUUUGUUCAGGCGUUUGUGCAGAAGGACCCUUUGGACAACGAUAAGACUUGCUACACUGAACGGAAGAAAACGAGGAACUUAGAAGCUUACGUAGAGUGGUUCAAUCGCCUAAGCUACUUGGUUGCUACAGAAAUCUGCAUGCCUGUGAAGAAGAAACACAGAGCGAGGAUGAUUGAGUACUUCAUCGACGUGGCUCGGGAGUGUUUCAACAUUGGAAACUUCAAUUCCUUGAUGGCGAUAAUCUCUGGUAUGAACAUGAGCCCGGUCUCGAGACUAAAAAAAACCUGGGCCAAAGUGAAGACUGCCAAGUUUGACAUUCUUGAGCACCAGAUGGACCCUUCAAGCAAUUUCUAUAACUACAGAACUGCUCUCCGAGGAGCAGCGCAAAGGUCCCUGACUGCUCACAGCAGCAGAGAGAAGAUCGUGAUACCAUUCUUCAGUCUCUUAAUCAAAGAUAUUUAUUUCCUCAACGAGGGCUGUGCCAACCGUCUUCCAAAUGGCCAUGUCAACUUUGAGAAAUUUUGGGAACUGGCCAAACAAGUGAGCGAGUUCAUGACAUGGAAGCAGGUGGAGUGUCCGUUUGAGCAUGACCGGAAGGUCCUACAGUACCUGCUCUCAGUGCCCGUGUUCAGUGAAGACGCUCUCUACUUGGCGUCUUACGAAAGCGAAGGACCUGAAAAUAACAUAGAGAAGGACAGAUGGAAGUCUUUAAGGUCCAGCCUGCUGGGCAGAGUUUAACAUAUGGGACCUGCUGCUGCUGCUGCUGCUGCUGCUGCUGCUGCUGCUGCAUCAAACAGACCCUGGACGGCCUGGCCUUUGUUUUCUGGCAUCUAGUACUAGGAACAAUCAGUGCAGAGCCUGCAAGCAAGCCCAACUGCAGAGCAGAUGGAGAACUCAUUUCCUACAGCCGACAGACGCACUCAGAGCGUGGAGACAGAAUGCUCGCUGAAGACACUUGAGAAAGAAUCCUCUAAAAUUCCCGGCUCUGCCCAUGAUUCAUCUCCUGGAAUUUCCAUGUGAAUCACAGCUCUGCACCUGGAUGGAGUUUUCUUUUGUGUGUGUGUGGCUUUUUUUUUUUUUUUUUGUCUUGAACAUUUGCUGCUAAUGGAACUUACCCAGCCAAGUGCUGGCUCUAUGGAAGUCCAUGUUUCCUUGUUAAUUUAAAUGAAAAAGGGAGAGGAGGGAGGAGAACCCCCCCCCCCCCCACACACACACACCUCAGUUUGGAUCCCAGACCUCUGCUUGAGCCAGCAGUGUCCUGGUGAGGAUGAAGACUGGGUGGAUGUCCGCUGCCUGGGGACACAUUGUUCCCAUAGCAUGUGCAGUGUGGUCAACGUCUCUUCUCCCUCUUCCCCGGAGGUUUUGAGUUGGCUGCUGGUUAGCACACUCCUCCUUGCCCGUAUAAGUUAUUUAAUAUAAUAAUGGAGCGCAACACUGUGGUAGGAAAUAGCCACUAGGGAAACAGACAAACGAAGCAGAGUUUGGCCCCUUGGACCUGCCCAUCCUGCUGGAAGGACGGACGGUGUCUUCUUCGCCCCUCUGAGCUGUUUACAACUGACCCCUGUGUUCUAUAGAUGUAUUUUUCAGUAGUUUUUGUUUUUAUUGUUACUUAGUUUCCCAUAAUGCCCCAUCCCACCCCCGUAAAUGUAAAUGGUCUGACAUUAAGGGUCUUGGGGGAAAAAAAAAUCUAUGACAUAACCAUACUUGUUUUUAACUAACUUAUUGUUCAUUAUUUUCUGGAGCCUGUUGGUGAUUACACGUGUAAACGAGGAGGAAAUUGGAAAAGUAGCCUCCUCCCCCAAUGAACAAAGCUAAUGAGAACCAGGUUGCUGGUGGCACUAUGGUCAGUCUCACUAUGAACCAGUUCACCUUGUUAACAUCUAAUAGGCCUGUAGUUGCUCUGAGAGCAGCUCUCAGACGCACUCUAGGAGAAACUUUAGAGUAGUGAGCCCAGCUAAUAAAAACGCACAAUCCAAGUUCCAACCCCAGGCGUGUUCAUUGACCUCUCUAUGCUGUUUUGAGAACCAGCACGCCUUGCGUAUGCAUUGUCUCAACAGGCCUGAACUGUCUCCAAGUCGUCCCUUCACAACGUCAAUACAUUUUACACUCUGUGGCCAAGA